AAAAGAUUUCUUGUUUUCCAGUUUUCCCUAAAUUGUAAUUAAGUCGCACAGGGAAGUCAUCAUGUAUUUGUGUUAUUACACUUCAAUAAGACUUUUAUUGUGAAGAGUAGUUUGACCGCGGUGGGCGUAUCGCCACUGUGUCCAGCUUCACAACGACUGAAUCAAUACAUUUAGCUUGUUAGCAGUGAAACGCUAACAUGGAAACUGUGUUUUGGCGUUAGCUGGAGCUAUAAGUGAUGCUAACAAACCGUCCUGCCGCUUUGUUCGGCUAUGAGUUUGAACAACGACAGUCUGUUGAGAUUGCAUCAGUGACUGGGUGAUGUCCGCCCAGCCUCUGCAGCAGUUCAGGGAGGAUUCAGCAGCCUGCUAACUGAGCCUGCCCGGCUAGCUCAUGCUGAUGACUGGCUCUUUCCUGACAUUGAUUUGCAGUGGGAGGCACCAUGGCCGGUAAGGUGAAGUGGGUGACAGAUAUUGAGAAAUCAGUGCUCAUCAACAACUUCGAGAAGAGGGAAUGGAUUCCAGUCACAGAAAACGAGGACUGGAAUUUCUACUGGAUGAGCAUCCAGACCAUCAGAAAUGUGUUCAGCGUGGACACAGGCUACCGCCUAUCAGAUGACCAGAUGGUUAACCACUUCCCCAACCACUACGAGCUGACCAGGAAGGACCUGAUGAUCAAGAACAUCAAACGCUACCGCAAGGAGCUGGAGAAGGAAGGCAGUCCGCUGGCAGAGAAGGAUGAGAAUGGGAAAUACGUUUAUUUAGAUUUUGUCCCUGUGACGUUCAUGCUCCCCGCCGAUUAUAAUCUCUUUGUGGAGGAGUUCCGCAAGAACCCAUCCAGCACCUGGAUCAUGAAGCCCUGCGGGAAGGCUCAGGGCAAAGGCAUCUUCCUCAUCAACAAGCUGUCCCAGAUCAAGAAGUGGUCCAGAGACAGCCGCACCUCCACGUUUGUAGCGGCGGCUAGUGGCAAAGAGGCCUACGUCAUCUCCCUGUACAUCGACAACCCUCUGCUGAUUGGAGGGAAGAAGUUUGAUCUGCGCCUCUACGUCCUGGUGACCACGUAUCGGCCUCUGAAAUGCUACAUGUACAAGCUUGGCUUCUGUCGGUUCUGCACAGUCAAGUACACUCCCAGCACCAGUGAACUGGACAACAUGUUCGUUCACCUCACAAAUGUGGCCAUUCAAAAACAUGGGGAUGACUACAACCACGUCCAUGGAGGCAAGUGGACGGUCAGUAACCUCCGUUUGUACCUAGAGAGCACCAGAGGGAAGGAGGUGACGGGCCGACUGUUUGACCAGAUCCACUGGAUCGUGGUGCAGUCCCUGAAGGCUGUGGCUCCUGUGAUGAACAAUGACAAGCACUGUUUCGAGUGUUAUGGCUAUGACAUCAUUAUUGAUGACAAGCUCAAGCCAUGGCUUAUCGAGGUCAAUGCCUCGCCGUCGCUGACCUCCAGCACAGCCAACGACCGCAUCCUGAAGUACAACCUCAUCAACGACACUCUCAACAUCGUCACGCCCAACGGGGACAUCCCAGACUGCCGCUGGAAUCGCAGCCCGCCCCGAGAGGCCCUAGGCAACUAUCAAGUCCUGUACGACGAGGAGCAGGCGCAGAGCGAGAAUGCCGAGCGUGACCUGCGGAGCCGCUCGGGCCAGUCCCUGGGGUCAAAGGGCACCAAAGGGAGUGCAGGCGUCCGUCCUGCUGCCGCCACCUGGAAGUGAGGCGAUAUUGCUGACUCUCGAUGACUUCCUGUACGCUAUUGCAGGGUCCAACAGUGAGGCACAGGGGAUAAAAAAAGAACCACCCGGACUUCUGACGGAGGGCAUCUCCCUGUCUCCGCAUUUGACUGACUGAGGGCACAGGGAGUGAGAAGUCCACUGCCUGAGGGGAGCAAAAUCAAUAAUGUGGUCAUAUUUGCAGAGUUUAAAGGCUGGAGUUUGUGGCCAUUUGUAUGAAUGAGUAACUUAAAAUGUAGAAAUUAUGUUGGUGGGGCUGAAGGUCAAGCCCAGUCUCACAUGUCUCAACAACAGCAAGCGACAGCAGUUCCCACCCCAAACCCAAGAUAAGGAAAAACCUCCCAAAAAACCUAAAAAAGUGGAUGACGCCUUUGUAGGCGACAAGAAGAUCUCUCUUCUUGGAAGGCAGGGGCUGCAGUGGAGGCUGCAGGUGGGAAAACGGCAACUACGCAAAUGAGAAGAAAGUUUUAAAUUCUAUACAUCAAUGGGAUUAAAAUCCAACACAAACAAGGAGGAUUACGACAACCCGGACUGCGCAUGAUUACUGAGUCCUGACAUUUAACUUUACCCACCGCACAGGUGCUAAAAUGAAGGAGCAUUAAGUGGGACGGAGCAGGAAGAUAAAGACAUAAAGCAACGCAUAUAAAGAUAUAAUUUACUGAUAGGCAGAAUUAAAAGUACUAAAUGUGUAUAAACCCCCAAAUAGAUUUUUUUUUUUAUAAGUGCAUUAUCAGUAUGUCAUUAAGAUUGAUUGUAUUCAGUGCUGAACCCUGUUGCACUUCAGUACUUUAUUUUUGCUGGAAUAUUACAUAUAUAUGUUGCAUUUUGAGUUGGACCACUCAUCUGCUGCACAGCUAGUAUCUUAAAUAUGAACAUGUGUUGGGAAUGCGUGCAUUCUGAGUUAUUCGCUGUUUAUUUCCUGCAAGUAAGGCUGACCGGCAUUUAAAAAAGAUUGUAGUAUUUUGAGGAGUUUUUUCUUUGCAGUAUAUGUUGUGGGAAUUUUAAAACAAAGUUACACAUUUUCACUUUACUUGCAUCUCAAGUUAGGAUUUGGAUGGUUUUAAAGAAAAGAGGGGAGUUGCUCACUUUUCUGUUUCAUUCAGUUUUUCUGAGUAUGCAGAGCCACCAGUCCAGGCUUGAUUAUCAUAAUAAUCACUUUAUUUACUCUAAAGCAAGGGGUGUCUGUCAAUGGAUGAAAGAAAGGUGCUGAAAGGGCUCCAUUGAAAACAUUUCUGUGACCAAAUUGUAUGUAACACCAAACCUAUUUGGUGCUUUGUGAAAUUACAUUGUUGGUUCUUGAUGUGAAAUAACAAAUAGAAGGAAAAUUGUCUACUGAUUAUGUAACAGGCUUUGUUAUUUGCUGUCUUUGCUUCAUAAAAUUUCAGUUUAACCUGUUUAACUAAUUGAUUUUUUUCUUGUAAGGGGCCUUAAAGCCUUUCAUGAAUCUAAUCUGUCUGGAGUUUAGAUUAAGGUCAAUCCUUCAAAGGGCCGGUGACCUUUCUGUUCUUUAUGUAAAGUAAAUCUCUGCAUGGCACCAGUCCUUGACCUUGAAAGUGUGACACUCCUCCCCCAACAGCACCUUGUUGUUUCCUCCUGGCCCUGGAGCCGGUUACCAUGGCAACAUACCAAGGUGUGCAAGCCCUAGACGUGUCGGUCUGUAAUCAAAUUCCUCUAAGCGUCUGAGUGGUGUUAGUCAUUGCUGGUUCUGUAAGACACACAAUCUCCUGUGCUUGAGACCAAAUUUACUGAUUCAAAUCUGAGGUGCGACUGGCAGUCAAAGAAGGAGCCGGGACAACGUGACGCCAGUUUCUGGUUUUGUCUGUCUCCUGGUUUUCUUUACUGUAGUUACAAACUGUACAGCUUGUGUUGUGUACAUGACACAUAGCAUUUGUUUUAAGCAUUGCAGUACUGAGAUCUCUGUAUGAGAAGUGCAUUGUUUUCUUUUAGUUUUUGUCUUCCAUUGAAUAAAAUAUCCAUAUUGGUGCUGCCUUGACAAUAAAUAAUGUUCAUUUCAAAGCAGGGGUGAGUGGCCCUUUAACUUUUUUUCAAAAAUAUGUUUAUUUACAGCAUUUUUAAAGUGGUAAAUUAAACGAAAUACUUUUUUUUCUAAUGUGUG